UUUUAUGUAACAAUCGAGUGCUAGUUGGAAAGUCCGUUCACUUACAUUUCCAAGGACCACGGUAGCUAUAGAAAUGUAUAGCCACAUUACCGGAAGACAACCGAAGCUUUCUUUUUAACACUUACAAUGUCGCUUCAACCACAAGCGGAGGAAGCACAAGAGGAGAGGAGUGCUUUCUUCAUCGGCGCUGACUCAGACGAUUCCUCGGAAGACGAAGAACACCAGCAACUUAUACUACACAAAGCUAACGCGCUAGCAUCGGAUAACCGUCUCAAAGAUGCUAUUGAUUUGUUUUCGGUGGCGAUGCGUUACGGCCCUGUCAGACCUGAACAAUUAAGCACUUUCGUGGACUGUAUCCUCCGUAAUUUGAAGACUAAAGCUGCUGGGCCAGAGACACGUUCUAGGGGACAGUAUUCGGAUGAAGGUGACAGAUCGGGGGAUGAUGUGUUUGAUUGUCCCAACUGUCAUAACUUCUUGGGCGAACCAGUGACGAUAGCAUGUGGACAUACUUACUGUAAGAGGUGUUUACAACGACGGCUGUUCUCUAAAUGUAAGCUGUGCGAUGAAGCCCUCAGGGGUGACGUGAAGACAAAUGUAAUACUAUGUGGACAAUUAGAAAAAUGGUUCCCUGAUGACAUAAAAAAGGCAAGGGCUAUAUAUGAAGUGGAUGCUCUGUGCAGAAAGAAACGCUACCAAGAAGCUGUAUCUCUAGCUACUGAUGUUAUUCAAGCUGCAGAUCCAGAGUCGACAGCGAUGGUGCGACUGUCUCGUGCAGAGGCGUACAUGGGUCUAAAACAGUAUCAUCUGGCUUUGAAGGACACUGAAUUUUGUCCUAGAUCCAGCUGCUCUGCCGAAGCUUUGUUUUGGAAAGCCAUGGUGCUAUAUGACAUCGGUCGGGUGGAUGAGUCACUUCAAGUCUUCCUCCAGUGCCUGGCUGUAGAUGAUGCCUUCCCUUGUGCUAAAAGACAAGUGGAAAAGAUUCUGUGUGACCUGCUUUCUCCGGCUGAUGAGAAUGUCAAAGUUGGUCUGAGAGAAACCACACAGAGCACAUCACCACACUUGCGCAGUAAAAACCUCGUGGCUGGUGCCCAAGGUCAACCAGCGAGCCCAGUCCAAAGACCAGAACAACAUCAGGCCCGUGCCACCUCAGCACACCAACCUCUGGAUAACCAAGAGAAACGCUGGGAAAGCCUGGAGCGCCCUGGUCUGAGCAGAGCUCAUUCACUACGAAUCCAAGGCUCUAAUGGCAAUGAAGAGUGUCUGAAAAGAGUUUGCUCUGCUCCACAACUGGGGGAUCAGGAAAAAGGGAGCCUCCUGAAGAGGAAACUGUCAGUGUCAGACACAGAACACUGCAUUGUGGAUAAUGGAAGUAGCAAGCAUAAAAAACAAGGUGUGGCAAAAAGCUCCAAACGUCAGGCUGCCAAAGCUAAAGUCUGUAGAAGUGUUCCUGGGGAUCAGCUGGACCCCAAUGACUUAGAGUGCUCUCUCUGCAUGAGGUUAUUCUAUGAGCCUGUUACAACUCCAUGUGGCCACACCUUUUGUAAAAACUGUCUGGAACGCUGUUUGGACCAUACGCCCCAGUGCCCCCUCUGCAAAGAGAGCCUGAAAGAGUAUCUAGCAUCUAGGAAAUACAUGGUGACAAGUAUCUUGGACAUGUUGAUCAAACAGUAUUUGAGGGAUGAGUAUGCAGAGAGGGUUAAAGCUCAUCAAGAGGAGACCAGAGAGCUUUCUGAUUUGACAAAGAAUGUGCCUAUCUUUGUGUGUACCAUGGCUUACCCCACCGUGCCUUGCCCACUGCAUGUCUUCGAACCACGAUACCGCCUCAUGAUUCGCCGCUGCAUGGACACUGGCACACGGCAGUUUGGGAUGUGUAUUAAUGAUCCUCAGAAAGGGUUUGCAGAUUAUGGUUGCAUGCUGAUCAUCAGGAGUGUCCAUUUCCUCCCUGAUGGACGAUCAGUAGUAGACACAAUUGGAGGAAAACGCUUCCGGGUCCUUUCACGAGGAAUGAAGGAUGGCUACAGCACUGCUGACAUUAAGCACUUGGAGGAUACCAAGGUGAAGGACAGAGAGGAGUUAGAGAAACUUCAGGACCUCCAUGAUGCAGUGUAUGAUCAGGCCUGUGUUUGGUUUCAAAACCUCAAGAUUCGCUUCCACAACCAGAUCUUGCAGCACUUCGGUCCAAUGCCAGAACGAGAAGCUGACAUUCAGGCGACUGCUAAUGGUCCCGCCUGGUGCUGGUGGCUCCUGGCUGUCCUUCCUAUUGACCCGCGGUACCAGCUCUCUGUCCUCUCCAUGACCAGCCUCCGUGAACGUCUGGUCAAGAUCCAGCACAUCCUCACAUAUCUGCAAAGCAUCCCCAACAACUAAAGCCUCUCACCCACCAUUACCAUCAUUUGGGCUUUAACAUGACAUUGUAGAGAACCUACUAGCAAUUGGCCUAGUUUUGUUUCCACUGCCAUCUGAUCAUUCAUUUAUAUGGUUAUUAAACCUUUAUUCUUACUGUUAGUGGUUUUAAGCAUAAAUCGCACACGAGCAAAGGUGAAAUUUCCUUGAACAUACAAUCACUGUCGUUGGAGUUCAGGCCGAACACCUCAGGGAAACUUCCAGUGAUUCUUUGUUUGUGACCAUCAAACAGUAUGUUAAAGAUAGACAAAUAUGUCAACAAAGAUACUGAUCUAUUUUUCAGAUUAUCAGUUACUUUUCAAAAGAAAAUCCUGAAUCUUUGGAUAGUUCAGAGCAGUGGAUUGUGUCAGUUAAGAGUUGAAUGUCAUGCUGUGUACAUUCUGAAAGGAUAAGACUGUGAUUUGCAAGUAGGUGGAAAAAAGUAAAUUUGUUGUUUUUUUACCGUUAAUGGUAAAACAAGCAAAUAUGGCAUGUAUGAUCUAUGUUUGAGGGAGGGGGACUGUUGUGAUUUGUUGAACAAUACCGUAGAUGCUGAAACUCUAGAACCGUAGAUUCCUGAAUGAAUAGGAUGUGAUGCUGAGGAACUAUUGAAAAGAGCAAAUAUACAGUGGCGAAUGCUUACUUACCAAACCAAAAUCAGUCUCUUCUGAGCUUUUUUUACUUACUCAUCUGUGUCUAUUACACUCAACUUCCAUCAAUGCCUAGUGGCAAAGGACCUUCCUGUUUAAAGAAUGAGACAGCCUGUUUGUCUUCACAUUUUUUUCUUCUUCCAAAUUGUCAUAGGCACACUGUUCUGUCAGAGGAAAAUCAAUUCUUUUCUUCCUUUCACAAAUCAUAACACGUUUCUUCCAAACUUUUUAUGAUGAUACACCUUUGGAGAUCCCAAGCCUGAACAGUUUGCAGUGAUAGUGUUUCUGAUUCAGAAGUUCAGCUCAUGUAUUAUUAGUACCGAGAGAUUCAGCUGCCCAUUGAAUAAAAUGAAAUUAUUUAUACAUUAUGUGUAUGUUUGUACAUUGUCUCCAUGUGUUGUAUAAAAAUUCUAAGGGUUCUUGCAAUAAUAAGACAAAUCAAAGUAAUGAACAGCAUGUACACAUCUUAUAUGCUGAUGGACUAGUAUUAUUCUUCAUUGCAAGAAUGCUCUUUGUCUCGAGCAGCAGAGCUUCAGUCAGGGGACUGCAUUUGCCUUAUACCAUUUUGCAUUGUGAUUGAAAUAUGUGUUGGCUUGGUUACCAUUCCUUUUUGCCACUUAAUGAAGUAUGUUUUAAUUGUGUUUUCUUCCUCUCAGUUUGGGACAGCAUUUGUUUGUGAUGUUUUUUUUUUUGUUUUUUUUUUUUAAGAAAGUCAAGGCUGUUGUUGUAAAUCACUUGUAAAAAACGCUUUUGGAUAGAUUUUACUUUUUGCUCCAACAUUUUAAGUUAUCGAUUUUCAAUAAAUGCACUUUUUUUCAA